GUCCCCCAUCAUUACCUGAGUACCCCUCCCUCCCAUUCACACUAGAUCUUUUAACAAGCAAAAAACAUGGUGUGAAAUCAGUCUGAUGUGGAUGCAUUGUAUAUUAGAGAGGGAGAGAGAGUAAAUUAAAUUGUGUUAUGCGGAGUGAUGGUUCUUCUAAGAGUAGUUUAAAAGUUUUUGUUCUGAUGCCUGGUUCAUGUCCUGUCUACAUGACCCCCACACCCUCUGACAAAUGUUGGUUUCUUAUGGCUAGACUAACAGCGGGUGUGUGUCUCAAAACAGCAUGAAACUAGCGGUCUGUCUUUCUUAUCAACAUGUACCAAACAAACUUUAUAAUUGGGUGUUUUUAUGACUUUGUAAUCAAAGGCCGGGUUUUUUCUGGUUCCUGGCUCUAUCUUCAAUAUCUCUAACCCUCACAGUAUGGCAAACUUAUAUGUCUCUAAAACACUGCAUGAAGCUAGGGGUCUGUCUUUCUUAUCAAGAUGACACGAACAGAGUUUAUAAUUGUGUGUUUUUAUGACUUGGUGAUCAAAGGCUGAGGUUUUCUGUUAUUCUUAGGGUUGUAUUCUGUAUUUAUAACACUGGAGUUUGGCAAUGAGUCCUGAUGCGUAACAUAACAUAAAGUCUGUAAGUUGUGAUUACGUUUUAUAAUAUAGAGAGUUUUCAAUUAAAUAUCUGUGUGUGAUGUUAUCUCUUAAGAAAUGAGAGGGUUCCAAGUUUAAGUCUUUUAUCUCUAAAAUGGUGAAAGCGUUUGAGACUUUGAUAAGAAGGAUGAUCUCCCCCCCAAUCAAUGUACAAUGAUAUACCUUUUAAUUAAAGGAUAUGUCCCGACAUGUUUUAUUCCCGUUCAUUUAAGAAUGGUUCACAAUGUAAUAUGUAUGUUAAGCGAUAAAUAUGCGAUGGUACAGGUUUAGCGUCCAUGGGUUAAGUCAAAGAUUAAUUAAACCAUUUUUUUUUUCUAUUCAUCAUGCAUGAUAUUCUACUGCCCCCUUGUGGCUCCCGUGCAUAUGGAGCAACGGUCGUCAUUUUGUUUUUACUAUUAAAAGUCAUAAAGUAAAUUAGGGAGGUUCUUGGUAUUCAUGCAAAUAUACAAAUCACAUCAGGGGGAGUUACUGCCCUCCUCCUUCAUUCAUUAGGCCUUCGCGCGCUUUUAGAAUACAUUGCAACAUCGGCCCCCGACGAAGACUCUACUCUACACAUAUUUUAAAACAAUGACUUCGAAUCUAGUUGGUAAGUAAAGUUACAUUUAUUAAGGUAGCUUCCUUGUUAAAUAUACUUAUUUGUUUAACUUUAACGUUUAACAGGAUUUAAAUAAUCUCUGUGUACGAUGCAGGAUCUGCGGAAGCAGUAGCAUUUGACCAAAUUGAUCUGCUUUUAAAUGCUGAAUUGAUUACUGCCGCAGUUCAAAGCGAUAAUGCUAAUAGCAAUUUGCAAGUAAAUACUGAUGCCCCUCAAACAAGUGCUGCACACAGCGAUUUGCAAGGGUUUGCGAAUACAACAACGUCUUCAAUUUCUCCGAGUCCGGUUAACAGGCUCAGUCGAAAACGCAGACGUGUCGCUAUAAAUUCGAUACCAGCGGAUCAAAACGUUCCCCAGCAAGCUAUUCAAGCAGUUGAUUUCUACACGGAAGAUGUACUGAGGGGUGAUGGUACGGAAACUUGGAGCAGUGUUUUGGAAGAGAUCUCGGAGGCCAUCAAAAAUAUACCUGAGGUCAUUUUAACAGACAACAGCGAAGUCGUAACUUCAUCCGGGGUUCAAGGGUCAUCUACUACGGAGGAUUUAAUUGUUCCGGUGAAAUCAUCUGUGGAUCUACCAUCCAACCAGUAUCACUUUAACCAUGAGUUGAUGCUGGAGAUAAGUGAAAAAUGUCGCCAGAUGCAAGAAAGCCUGAACAUCCACAGUGAACUAACGAGACGGAUGUAUGGAUGUAUUGACACUUUAUUAUCCAAUUCAGCGGAGCAAGGUUCGUUAAACAGGGUACUGUUGGAACGUACAGACAAUCUUGAAGGGACAUUACAAAGGAGUGUACAGAGCCAUGAAAAUGAACGCCACAAUAGACAACUAAUGGUAAGAUUAUUGGCUAAUCUUAAUCGCGCUAUUUUACACAAUGGUAGACUUUAAUUAAGGUUAAAAAACUGUUCUUGAGUCGUUGUUGUCCGGAAUUAACGACUAUUUAGUAUUCUUAAAAACAAAAUGAUUUCUUGAUAUACUUUUUGUUUGAAUUAAGGUUUAUUUUAACAUUGCUUCUAGAGCUGCUAUUGGUGUAGGGGUUUAAUGUGUAUUUUGUGCAUUCUAGCUACUGUGUUUAUUUUGCAGGAAUUAAGGGUAAUUUGAAAUGCUUUUCUUCAGCUACUGUGUUUAUUUUGCAGGAAAUAAGGGGUGUUCUUAUUUGUAUGUUUGAUUAUUUUAGUGUGUAUUUUGUGCAUACUAGCUACUGUGUUUAUUUUGCAGGAAUUAAGGGUAAUUUGAAAUGCUUUUCUUCAGCUACUGUGUUUAUUUUGCAGGAGAUAAGGGGUGUUCUUAUUUGUAUGUUUGAUUAUUUUAGUGUGUAUUUUGUGCAUUCUAGCUACUGUGUUUAUUUUGCAGGAAUUAAGGGGUUUUUAAUUGCUUUUCUUCAGAUACUGUUUUUAUUUUGCAGGAAAUAAGGGGUGUUCUUAUUUGUAUGUUUGAUUAUUUUAGUGUGUAAUCAGAGGAGAAUCUGUCUAACGGGUAAUACUAUUUUUAAAAAUGGCGGGUAAAAGAGUAAGGUCAGAUGAUGAUUUAAAUGGCUGUCAACAGAUACGUUCUGUAAGAGGUAGAAAUGAGCAUUUGUCUUUAACUGAACAGCUACAAGAAGAUAUCGAUCAGCAAAUCGAAGUUCUUGGGGGGGAUUAUCGAAAUUUUGAUAUGGUUUUACAAAGUCUGGAUCUCCCAGAGGAAAUAGAUGAGCCUUCAUCCCCUAACAUAUGUGAAAGGCUUGAGGAAAUUAUUCAGAUGCAAAAUCUGGAUUUUGAAAGACGAUCUAACAUAUUACAAACCGGUGAUGGUGAGAUUAAUAAUUCCGCAGAGCAGGUACCAGAUAACCCUCUGGAUUUAAGUCAGAAUGAUUUAGACACACUUAGAUGUACUGGUGGUAAUGUAGCUGAUUAUACAAUUGUCCCAAGACCAUUUUUUAAUGGGUUAGAGAUUCACAGAAAUAUGAAUUUAAGAGAAAUAGCGUCCACAGAUUUGGCCGCAUACACUAUUUUUGUGCAAGACGCUUUGUCUGAAAUUGUGUCCUUUUCCAGACAGUUGGGAGGUGAGGGAUCUUUUAUCAAUAUCAGCCUCAGAGGUCCCAGUCUAAAAUCGGAUGUGAACGCUUUAUUGCGCCCUGGUAAUGACGAUGACGAGAGGCAUUUUGUAGAUCAGUUUGAAUCUGUUGUACAAAGUAAUGCUCAGGUGAUGGUUGAUGAUAGUCUGCAAUUACAUGUAUCCAUAGCUAGAAGUCGGCAGGGGGGUGGUACCCGUAGGAAGAUAACUGAUAUAGCCCAUGAUGAAGUGCUGAAGAGAAAAAGAAUGAACUUAUUCUCACCCUGUAACAUGACUAACAACUUGUGUUUUGCUAUAUGUUUAGCACAUUUUCUCGACCCCCUGGCAGAACAUGCUGUUUUAGAAAGCAGGGCCUGUGAUAUACAGACUGCUGCAGGUCUCACAUCUCAAGAAUGUGUGGGGUACAAUCAUGUUGCAUGUUUUGAGCAACCGUUAGGUCUGAAGAUAGUGGUAUUUACCAGGGCUAGUGGCGGAAAGUUAGAGAUGUACAAAACCCAUGACGAGCCACAUGAUAAGACAGUGUUUCUAUACCUGCAUGAUGGCCAUUAUCAUAUGAUAGAAUAUGUGGAGGCGUUUCUUGGCUAUCCUUAUGUGUGCAGUUACUGUUACAAAGGUUUUACAAACCGACUGAAUCAUGAUUGUGCAUAUAAUUGUUCUGUAUGCAAUGACAUUCAGUGUUACAAACAGAUUAAACGGUCAAUACACUGUCCAGACUGUUUGCGAUUCUGUAAAUCAGAGUAUUGUUUUAAUGCACAUAAAAGGGUUUCUGGUGAUGGAUCUGGUAGAUCAGCUUGUGACACAACCAAAUACUGUAGCAAAUGCGGUAGGCGUUAUCAUGUAGCCACAAUCCAAAACAAGCCUCAUAAAUGCCCUGCACUCUGUUGUUUCUAUUGUAGUGUGGAUAUAAGCCAUGAGGGUUCGCAUGAAUGUUUCAUACAACCUGUUCCAUUCAAAGUGAUUAAAGACAAAUACAUAUUUUAUGACUUUGAAACAAGCUGCGAUGCUGGUAAACACAUUGCAAAUUAUGUUUGUGCCAUGACAUUUAGGGGCAAGGCAUUUGAGUGGGGUGGUGAGAAUUGUAUCAAGCAGUUCGUCCAGCAGUUUAGACGGCCAAAAUAUAAAAACUACACAUUUGUGGCACACAACGGUGCGGGUUUUGAUAACUUCUUAAUCCUAGAAUAUUUCUGCAAGGAGGGGCUCUUGCUUAAUAUAGUCAUGCAGGGUUGUAGAUUAACCUUCAUGUAUGACGAGAGUUUCAAACAACGUUACAUUGACAGUUUCUCAUUUAUGCCAAUGGCCCUAGCAAAGACACCUGCCGCAUUUAAUUUGCUAAACACAGAGAAGGGUUACUUUCCGCACUUCUUUAACCGGACAGAGAAUCAAUGUUAUCAGGGCCCCUAUCCAGCCAAACAUUACUAUGGUUACACGACAAUGUCAGACAGUGCCAGGGUUAAGUUUGACCAGUGGUAUGACACACGCAAAGGAAAGAUCUUUGACUUCAAGAAGGAGAUUGGUUUGUACUGCAUGAAUGAUGUUGUUUUACUUCGUGAGGCUUGCAUCACGUACAGGAAGGAGUUCAUUGAAUGUACACAGGUAGAUCCAUUCAGCUUUACAACUUUAGCAUCCUGCUGUAUGGGUGUGUUCAAAUCACACUUUCUCACCCCUAACACAAUAGCUCUGACACAUAAUAAUGCAUACAUACACCAGCACAAGACAUUCUCGAAUGUUUCGAUUGAGUGGCUUGAAUAUGUGAAAAAGACCCGUGAUGUGGACAUACACCACGCAUUGACACAUGGUGAGAUGCAGUUUGGAAGUUUCUAUGUUGACGGUUAUUACGAACAAUCUGGUGUAAGGAAAGCACUUGAUUUCGCAGGGUGCUACUUCCAUGGCCACGGGGAAUGUUACAGAUCAGAUGAUAUCAAUCCACAGUCCAAACUGCCAUAUGGAAUACAUUUGAAAAUGUUUAAUGAUAGGCUUGAGGUUUUGAGGAAAUCAUACAAUCUUGUUGUUGAGGUCAUGUGGGAGUGUCGUUGGAGGGAGCUUAAGAGAACUGAUGCUGAUGUAAUUCACUUUAUGUCCACUUACUCUGCACCUGAAAGAUUGAAACCACGUGAUUCGUUGUUUGGCGGCCGCACAAAUUCUUACAAGCUGUUCCACAAAGCAGGGGAGGGAGAGAAGAUUAGGUAUGUUGAUUUUACCAGUCUGUAUCCAUUUGUUCAGUCUCGAAGGCCCUACCCCCUUGGUCACCCUGAAAUUAUCUUCAAGGAUUUUCAAAAAAUUGAAAAUUAUUUUGGGUUAGUCAAAGCUAAGGUCCUUCCACCCCGGGGUUUACUCCAUCCCGUGCUACCUUACCGAUGUCAAGGAAAACUCAUGUUUCCCCUUUGUCGCACCUGUGCAGAAGAGCUAAGCAAAGUUAUGCCUUGCACACACACUGAUGAGGAAAGAUCAAUUUCCGGGACAUGGGUUAGUCUUGAAUUGUUGAAAGCUAUUGAGAAAAACUAUGUAGUUUUGAAAAUUUUCGAGGUAUGGCAUUUUCCACAAAAAUCUGACAGUCUGUUUGGUGGGUAUGUGAAAACAUUUUUGCGUUUUAAACAGCAGGCCUCAGGCUACCCCUCACACGUAACCACUGAGGAGGACAAACAGGCAUACAUCGACGACUAUCAUCAGAAAGAGGGGAUUCAACUGGAUCGUCAAAAAAUCUGUCACAAUCCCGCCCAACGUUCAAUUAACAAAUUGUUGCUUAAUUCGUUGUGGGGUAGGUUCUCCCUCAGAGAGAACAUGCCUAAUUGCAAGCUUUUGCAAAGUGCUUCGGAUUUUUCUCAGUUUAUCUUUGGAUGUAAGUAUGAGGUGAAAUAUUUCAUGUUUGUGUCUGAUGAAGUAGCCUUGGUACAGUACCGACAUGUAGAAGGGUCCGUUUACGAGACGCGCGAUGUUAAUGUAUUCAUCGGGGCGUUUACUACAGCGCAUGCACGGUUGGAGCUGUACAACCUCAUGGACAGGUUGGGUGAUAGGCUACUGUAUAGUGAUACGGAUAGUGUCAUCUACGUGUCUAGAGAUGGAGAUUGGGAACCUCCUCUGGGGCCUUACUUAGGGGACCUUACAAAUGAACUUGAUUCAGAUGAUUUUAUUAUAGAAGUAGCUUCUGGAGGUCCGAAAACAUAUGGCUAUAGGACUUAUAAGGGAAAGGUCACAAUGAAAGCAAAAGGUAUAACCCUUAAUUCAGAGAACUCCAAAGUCAUUACACUCGACUCAUUAAUUGGUCUUGUUGACAGCUAUGUGACAUCAUCUGACAGCAAUCAACACCUCCUUGCUCACACAGACAGUAUUGUUAGGAAUAAAAAGAACUUUACACUGAGAAACAAAUCAGUUGUUAAAAGGUUCAAGGUGGUUUAUAACAAACGACAGCUUCUCCCUGAUUACACAACUCUUCCUUAUGGGUACUAAUAAUGUUUUUGGGUAUAGGGGUGUACAAGAGACAGAGGGGUUUGAUUUCAGAUUUCAACACCCGUUCUCCUGUGUAAUAAGUGGGCCUUCCAACUCUGGGAAGACGUAUUUUGUCAAAAUGAUGUUACAAAAUGCCCAGAGUCUGAUUUCAGAAAAAAUUGAAAAUAUUGUGUAUAUAUAUGAUUGCUGGCAACCUAUGUACGAUGAUUUGUUGAAAAUGUAUGACAUUAAAUUUAUUGAAGGUAUUCCACAGAGUCUUAAUGACGAUCGUUUGUUUCCACCCUACAAAACUAAUUUUUUAAUUUUAGAUGAUGUUAUGAAAGAUGCUAGUGGUAAUUCUGAAGUUGAAAGAGUCUUCACAAAUUAUGUUCACCACAAAAAUCUGAGUGCAUUGUACAUUGUUCAAAACUUAUUCUGUCAGGGCAAGGCUAGUAGGACAAUCAGCUUGAACACAAAUUAUCUGGUAUUGUUCAAGAACCCCCGAGACAAUACCCAAAUUAAUGUGCUGGCCAGACAGAUGUAUCCUCGAAACACAAAGUUUUUUAUGGAGUGUUAUCAAGAUGCUACCCGCAUUCCUUUUGGUUACCUGAUGAUCGACUUUAAAGCGAAAACACCAGAGCAAUAUCGUCUCAGAACAGAUCUGCUCUCACAAAAUCCUGUUGUCUACAUUCAGAAAAGAACACACUGACGUAAUUAGAGAUGUCUGCAAGACUUGUAAGAAACCUGGCUCUUUUAAAGUUGUUAUUAAAAGCUACACCUAAACAAAGACGCGUUAUUUUAGCGGAUGCCACAGACGAGUUCAUUUUAACAUUGUGUGAAGUGGCUCUAAACGUACUUCAUGGUAAUGUACCACUUACAUCGCAGCAAUAUCAGAAGCUGAAGAGAAGAAAAAGUGAAAUCAAAAUUGUCGCGGACAAACAGGUUGGAUUUAGAAGGAAAAGAAAGUUAAUCAAUCAGAACGGGGGAUUUUUCAUACCUCUUCUUCUAAGCGCUGCAGUGCCUUUCAUUACCAGUUUAAUUACUUCUAAAUAAGUAAAGAUGGAGUAUGCUGAAAAGAUGUUUCUAGUACCACAAAGUCAGUUGGAUAAGAUCAAGACUGGUACCCCACGUGAGACUAUUCAGCAGGUUGUGGAGAAUGACUUGGACAUGACUAUAAGAAAUAUUUUGAACCGCCCUGAUCUGGGGUCAUAUGAAAAGGCUAAGAUGUACACUGCUGUUUUACAGAGAUUUUUAACACUGUCUAAACAAAGUGACAGGGAAUCCAACACAUUAACAUUAACCAUACCACAGGCUGACCUCGUUGAAAAAGAUAAAGAAAAACCUACUGUGACAGAUAGUGUGAGUGGUGAUGAUGCUCUGGACAAUGUUGUUGAGGACAUUUUAAAGCAUGUUCCAAAGAGGAGUGUGAAAAAUGUUCGAUACAUUUUAGAUAAAAUGUCCAAAACUAAAGAAAUCACGUCCUGGGGGGAAUCAGGAGAGUUUGUUUUUAAAGGUAGAACGAUCCCUGGUUCACACAUGUACGAUUUACUUAAAGGUGUGACGGCACCACAAAAGAUUG